AUGAAGAAAAUUGUCAACAUAUCGGCUUAUAUAAAGCCUUUAGAAAUUCGAAAACUAGCACUUGGUAAUGAAUCGACGGAAGAAAGAACAAUUCGUACGACGCCGAAUUGGUCGGAAACGGCGAUUAACGGGGACCAUUUAUGGAGUGCAACUUCUGCAUCUGGAGAUUUUUGUUACGUCGGAGAAAAUGACUGUACGAAACAUGGACCCAGGAUGAAAUGUUCCGCAUGUAAAAUCAUAGCUCAUACGUUUUGCAUCCCGAUAUUAGUAGAUCGUAUGAAAUUUCAUUGUAAACCAACGUUUCGGGAUGUCGGAGUGAGACAAUAUAGAGAACAAACAUCAAUUCAUCAUCAUUGGGUACACAGAAGAUCUCAAAAAGGAAAAUGUAAACAAUGCGGAAAGUCAUUCCAAUCGAAAUUAAGUUUCAGUACUAAAGAAAUUGUCGCUCUCAGUUGCUCAUGGUGUAAGUCUGCAUAUCAUAAUAAAGAAUCAUGUUUCAAUGUACAAAAAAUUGGGGAAGAAUGUUCGUUGGGUAACCAUCAGCAAAUAAUUGUACCUCCGUCGUGGAUAGUUAAAUUACCCCGUAAAGGUAGUUUUAAAUCAAGCCUUAGAAAAUCACCUAAAAAGAAACAAACAAUAAAAAAAAGAUCGAAAGAAAAAAUAGAAAAAGAAUGUCGGACGUUUGUGAUAAAGCCGAUACCAUCGGCUUCCGUUAAACCUGUGAUAGUUUUUAUUAAUCCAAAAUCUGGUGGAAAUCAGGGAGUCAAACUCAUGCAAAAAUUUCAAUGGAUAUUAAAUCCGAGACAAGUUUUCGAUUUAACUCAGGGAGGACCAAGAAUAGGAUUAGAAAUGUUUAAAAAAGUUUUAAACCUUAGAAUUUUGGCCUGCGGCGGUGACGGAACCGUCGGUUGGGUUUUGUCCAUAUUAGAUCAAAUUAAAUUUCAUACGCCGCCAGCGGUGGGUGUACUUCCGCUCGGAACCGGAAACGAUUUAGCAAGAGCAUUAGGUUGGGGAGGAGGUUACACUGACGAACCCAUUGGGAAAAUACUUAGUAACGUUGCCGAAAGCGAAGUUAUUUUAUUAGACAGGUGGGAGCUUAAAGUAGAAAAAAAUAUCGAAGCAGAAUCAUCGGAUGGUGAUGGUAAAGAAAAUCUUCCGUUAAACGUAGUCAAUAAUUAUUUUUCACUUGGUGUCGAUGCUCACAUUGCAUUGGAAUUUCACGAAGCCAGAGAAGCCCAUCCGGAAAGAUUUAAUUCACGUUUAAGAAAUAAAAUGUUUUACGGUCAGAUGGGUGGAAAAGAUUUGCUCAAAAGAAAAUGGAAAGACUUAUCCGAAUUUGUUAAGUUAGAAUGUGACGGAAAAGAUAUAACGCCGAAGUUAAAAGAACAUAAAGUACACGCAAUCGUAUUUUUAAACAUUCCUUCGUAUGGAGGUGGAACACGUCCAUGGAAUCGUGCCGGUGGUUCUGUUGAUCCUUCAACCGAUGAUGGACUCAUCGAAGUUAUUGGCCUUACAACUUAUCAACUACCUUUGCUACAAGCUGGAGGACAUGGUACCAACAUAACACAAUGUAAAGAAGCUAAAAUAAUAACGACCAAAACCAUUCCGAUGCAAGUUGAUGGUGAAGCUUGUCGCUUAUCACCUUCCGUUAUUUAUUUAUCAUUGCUCAAUAAAGCUCCCAUGUUGGUUAAGAGAAAAAGCAGGCAAAAUCCUUUCCCACCGGCCACGUUGGAAAAGCUUAAAGUAUCCGUUCAGAAAAUCGGAAUGUCUGAUUACGAACAACAUCACUACGAUAAAGAUCUUCUUGCUCAAGCAGCUUCUGAAAUUGGAGCUUUGGAAGUAUCACCGGGUACCGAUCUAGAAAUCGUUAGAAAUUUAAUUAAUCAAAUGGUUGAAGAAACGAGUACGGCUAAAAUAUCACCCGAUUGGUGUUUCAUUGAUUCUUGCACGGCGGAAAGAUUUUUCAGAGUUGAUCGUGCUCAAGAGCAUCUUCAUUAUGUUGCUGACAUAGCAAGCGAUAUUUUGUUCAUUUUGGAUCCGGAAAAAAACACGAGUGCAUCUGAUGAAGAUUUACAAACGUCAAAUACAGCAUCACCCGGAAGCAUAACGGGAGCAGAUUUAAGCGAUGAAGAAUGGAAUUCAAAACCGACACGUGGUGGUAGCGGUGGUGGAUGUUACGACGUGCAAAAAACAAAAACACGAGUCCCGUUCAUAUCAACGUUUAUGGAUGGAAAAAAAUGUUUUGGUGAAAAAACAAAAGAUGAAAUUAUAUGCAGGAGUAAAUCCGCCGAAGGGAUAUCAUCACGUAGUAAAUAUGACGAAAUGAAAAAUAGACUUGUACUCAAAUCGAAAAUAACUAAAUCACCUUCGGCCGGAAACGCAAUUAGCGGAAAAAAAAAUUUAAUGAUAAUUAAUUAUAAAAAAAAAAAUUUUCUUUUUUUAAUUAACAGAGGGAGAACCGCAUUACACGUUGCGGCAGCUCAUAAAAAUAGAAGCAUUUGUUGCAUGUUGGUUUCCGGUGGAGCUUUUGUUACACAAAAAGAUAACGAUGGUAAAACACCCCGUCAAUUAGCAUUAGAAAUAAACGAUACGGAAUUGGCUUCUUAUUUAGAACGUCAGGAAAAGUUUCAAUUAGUUUUUGACGAAACGGAAACGGCUGUUUGA